AAAAUAUCUAAGCAUCAAUGUCUCAAGAUCUUUUCCCUAAUGAACCAAAUCUUAAUACUGCAAAUGAUGUCGAAUAAUACAUAAAAACACUUUUGUAAUAUCAGGAUUCUUGUGAAAAGUCUGCAGAAUAUAUGCAAGCAGACGCUGCCCAAAAAAGAAUAGUGGAGUUGAAAAAGCAAUUGGUUUAAAGAAGGAGAAAAGAAAUGCAAUAAGCUCAUUAUUAAUAAGAGCAAGAAAUUGAGAGAGCUCAUCUUGAAGAAUUUAAUCAAUUCAACCGAUUCUGGGACGAGAAGAUGUAAAAAUUUAAUGAUGAAGCUUCAGCUGUGGAAUAGGAAUUAUUAAACAAAUAAUAAAAUGAAUUUAAUAAAGUCUCUGAAGAAUUAGAAAGAACUAUUCCUUCAAAGCCAAAAGAAUCUUCUGAUGUUCUCAAUCUCAAAAAAAGAGAAGAAUAUUUGGCCAAACAAAAGAAGUAUCCAUUUUUUUAUAUUUUUUGUUAUGUUGAGGCUUAGAAAAUCAAAGAACAGAGAGUCUAGAUUGAAGAUGUGGACUAUUAGAAAUACUAAAUAGAAAGAACUAACAAAAUAAACACUUAGUUGAAACAAUUAAGAAUGAGAUACAGAAAUGAAAUCAAUGCUCUGCAAUAAAGAAUCAAAGGAGGUUAAGAUGAAUAGAAGAAAAAUCGUACUCUCGAACUCGAAAAGUACAGUUACAUAUUUUAUCAAUUAGAUUGCUAUAAAAAUAUCAAAACAUCAAAAAAGAACUGGAAAUCAAACAAAAGAUGGACAAACUAGCAUUUGAAGGAUAAUUCACUAACAAAGGUAGUUCCAAUCAAAGCGUUUAUAUGAGUUAAAUGUGA